AUCCAAACUCCAGAAUCCAGAUAAUCUUCAACCCUAAACCGGCACACCGUCUCAGAAAACCACGAACCACACAAAAGCCCAAACCCACAAACCGCCCACAGUAAUUUCCCACCCAUCUUUUUACUACAUAUACCCACUUCACUUUCCUCUGUUCCAUCAACCGAGCUCCCUCCAAAAACCACUUCCGAAAAUCUCUCAAACCGUUUUCAAAUUGCAACCGUCCGAUCGAUUAAUCAUGACUGACGUGGCAGAAGGCGAACGGAGGAUCCUCGUGGCCGUCGACGAAGGCGAGGAGAGCAUGUAUGCGCUGUCGUGGUGCCUGAAGAACAUCGUUGCCCAAAAUUCCAAAGAUACCCUUAUCCUACUCUACGCCAAGCCCCCGCGAGCAGUGUUCACCGCUCUGGACGGCACAGGGUAUUUGUUUUCGUCUGAGACUUGGGCGGCAAUGGAGAAGUACGCUGCUGAUGUGGCGGACUGCGUGAUGGAGAAGGCCAAGAAGACGUGCAGGGACCUCCGUCAGGAUGUUAAGGUGGAGACGAAAGUGGAGAAUGGAGAUCCGAGGGAUGUCAUUUGCCAGAUGGCAGAGAAGCUUCGUGCUGACGUGUUGGUCGUGGGAAGCCACGGCUACGGCGGCAUCAAAAGGGCUUUCCUUGGGAGCGUGAGCAAUCACUGUGCACAGAAUGUCAAUUGUCCCGUCUUGAUUGUCAAGAAGCCAAAAACAAAUGCCGGGAGCAAAAGCCAAUAAUUGUGUUUGGUGAAGGGUGCUGGCUAGUGAAGAAAAACAAUCGUUUGUAUUUGACUGUUUAAGCUUUGGGUGCGCUCGAGGCUUCUCUUUGAAUGCAUCGUUAAGAAAAUUAUGCAUGUAUAUGUAAAAUUUUGUGUUUGCCGUCUUUUCACAUAUGUGAAUUAGAUCAAUUUUGGAGGUAUUGCACUUAGCCAUGUUUUUAUACUCAGUGAUUUAUAACAUUAAUUGUGCGUGCUGCCUUCUUCAUCCAA